AUGAUAGCCUGUGUGGCUUUCAUUUAUGUACGAUUUAGUUUUGGUGCUGAAUGUUGGUCUUCGAGUGCUUGUAUAGAUGCUGUUGUAUGUGCUGCUAAAGGUGGAAUUCCACAAAAAAACCUUUGUAGUGGUGCUGCCAAUAUUCAAUGUUGUUCAUGCGCCAAUUGUAUGAAUGCAACAUUAUGUACAAGUCGAGGUGGUAUCCCAAGCACUGGUAUUUGCCCUGGUUCAUCAACUAAUCAAUGCUGUAAUAUGGCAUCUACUUCAGUACCUAUCGGUGAUAAAACACCAGUUAAAAGAAUGCUCACAGAUUUAGCUGAUAUUCUUCGUAAUGCUGGACUUGAGGUUGUUGAAGUCGAUGGUUGGACAACACGUGGUCAUGGUCAAAUGACUUCUGUUAAGAGUAUUAUUUGUCAUCAUACAGCAGGUGCUGCUAAAGGUGAUUUUCCAUCAUUAAGUGUUGUCCGCGAUGGUCGAACUGGUGCCAAACCUGUUUCUGGUCCACUUGCACAACUAGGAUUAGGUCGUACUGGUAAAUGGUAUGUCAUCGCAGCUGGCAUUUCUUAUCAUGCUGGUGUUGUUACUGAUAACUCAGUAUUUGGAAAUUCAAAUUCUAUUGGAAUCGAAGCAGAAGCAACUGGUCUUCCAUUAAAAUAUACUGGACAUGACCAUUGGCCCGAAGUACAAUAUCAAAGUUAUAUACGUGGUGUUAAAGCUCUUCAAGCAGCUUAUGGUGUUCCAACUGCACGUGUAGUAGGACACAAGGAGGUUGCAGCACCUCUUGGGCGUAAGCCAGAUCCUAACUUCCCCAUGGAUGAAUUUCGUACUGCUCUUGAAGAAUAA